GGGUUGGCUCCGCCCCUACAUUCUCACCCCCUAGCUGACCAGCCUUCCUUGUCCCACAGAAGGAUUUGGUACCCGGUAGCCCGCAUCAUCCGGAUCGCAGGCAGUCUGAAGUCCCCUCGUGGCCCUGUGUCCUCCACUCCCGAAUCCUCGCGGGACCGUGGCGGGGCGCCGAUCGCCUUGUGCAAGAAGCGAGGAACGUCAGAGAGGAAGUAGAAGAUGAGCAAGCCUUUGACCCCGUCAACGUACGUACGCAGCCUCAAUGUUGGAAUCCUCAGGAAGCUGUCGGAUUUUAUCGAUCCCCAGGAAGGAUGGAAGAAAUUAGCGGUAGCUAUUAAAAAGCCAUCGGGUGAUGACAGAUACAAUCAGUUUCAUAUAAGGAGAUUCGAAGCCCUACUUCAGACCGGAAAGAGCCCCACUUGUGAACUGCUGUUUGACUGGGGCACCACGAACUGCACAGUGGGCGACCUUGUGGAUCUUCUGAUCCAGAUUGAGCUGUUUGCCCCUGCCACUCUCCUGCUGCCAGAUGCUGUUCCCCAAGCCGUCCACAGCCUACCUCCUAGAGAAGCAGCAACAGUGGCGCAGGCACACAGGCCCUGCCAGGAAAAGAACAGGGCAACCGUAACGCCUGCGCCUGCGCAGAAGCAAGAACCCAGCUGCGAGCCGCCCGACUCCUCCAGUCCAGGCCAUCAAAGUGUAGAAUUCAGCGACACUCGAUUUUACAGUUUCUCAUUUUAUGAACUGAAGAGCAUCACGAAUGACUUCGAUGAGCGACCUGUGUCUAUCGGGGGCAACCGAAUGGGAGAGGGGGGAUUUGGAGUGGUGUACAAAGGCUGUGUGAACAACACAACCGUAGCGGUGAAGAAGCUUGGAGCAAUGGUGGAAAUCAGUACUGAAGAACUAAAGCAACAGUUUGACCAAGAAAUUAAAGUAAUGGCCAAGUGUCAGCACGAAAACCUGGUGGAACUGCUGGGCUUCUCCAGCGACAGUGACAACCUGUGCUUAGUGUAUGCUUACAUGCCCAAUGGUUCCUUGCUGGACAGACUGUCCUGCCUGGAUGGAACGCCACCGCUUUCCUGGCACAUGAGAUGCAAGAUUGCUCAGGGUGCAGCAAACGGCAUCCGUUUUUUGCAUGAAAAUCAUCAUAUUCACAGAGAUAUUAAAAGUGCAAAUAUCUUACUAGACCAAGACUUUACUGCUAAAAUAUCUGACUUUGGGCUUGCACGGGCUUCCGCGAAGCUUGCACAAACGGUCAUGACCAGCCGAAUUGUGGGCACAACGGCUUAUAUGGCGCCCGAAGCUUUGCGAGGAGAAAUAACACCCAAAUCUGACAUCUACAGCUUCGGUGUGGUUUUAUUGGAGCUGAUAACCGGACUUGUGGCUGUGGAUGAAAACCGUGAACCUCAACUACUACUGGAUAUUAAAGAAGAGAUUGAAGACGAGGAGAAGACGAUCGAAGAUUACACAGACGAGAAGAUGAGCGAUGCGGACCCUGCGUCCGUCGAGGCGAUGUACUCUGUUGCUAGCCAGUGUCUGCACGAGAAGAAAAACAGACGGCCAGACAUUGCAAAGGUUCAACAGCUGCUACAAGAGACGUCUGCAUAAAACUAAUGAAGUAAACAUAGACGUUUUUACUUCCCGCCGUCCUGGGGACCGGAAAAGCACUUUGACACUGAGCUGCAUCACCUGCCUGUUGUUUGCGUUUGUUUUUGUUUUUUCCUGAGCGCGCUUUGUCUUUAACGAGGCAGCAUAUUGCGCUGUACUGGUUAGUUGAUGAAUGUGUUGGCGUGGUAGCACUUGUCCCCGCCCACUUAGUACGGCGCUCAUUUCAACCUUACCAGUGUACAAUGAACUAAAGAUUCAGGAAAUCAGCCCAGUGCUUUACAGAGAUGCUAGGGUUAUUGGGGAGUGGAGGAGGUGAGGUAAGACAGGGUUUCUCUGUGUACCCCUGGAUGUCCUGGAACUUGCUCUGUAGACCAGGCUGGCCUUGAACUCAGCAAUCUGCCUGCCUCUGCCUACUUCAUGUUGGGAUUGAAGGUGUGUGCCUUCCAGCUGGGGAUCGAGGUUUGAAGCUCAGCAAACCCCACUAGUAAUUUCCUGCAAAGCUUUGGACCAGCUCUUAGCUACUAUAAGCGUUAGUUUUGGCUUUUGUUUUUUGUUAUGAACUUCGUGCUCCUGUAAAUAGCUCCUCACCUAUGUCCCUGUAAGGAACCUCUCCCCACAGUCCCUAUAACCCCAACUAAACUCGUUGGUUCAACCAUGUA